AUGGAGGCGGCUCCGGAACAGCCGCGCUGGAUGGCGCACCCCGCCGUGCUGAACGCUCAGCACCCAGACCCGCACCACCCGGGCCUGGCGCACAGCUACAUGGAGCCCGCGCAGCUGCUGCCUCCCGACGAGGUGGACGUCUUCUUCAACCACCUCGACUCGCAAGGCAACCCGUACUACGCCAACCCGGCCCACGCGCGGGCGCGCGUCUCCUACAGCCCCGCGCAUGCCCGGCUGACCGGAGGCCAGAUGUGCCGCCCACACUUGUUGCACAGCCCGGGGCUGCCCUGGCUGGACGGGGGCAAAGCAGCCCUCUCCGCGGCUGCAGCACAUCACCACAACCCCUGGACCGUGAGCCCCUUCUCCAAGACGCCGCUGCACCCCGCGGCUGCCGGAGGCCCCGGAGGCCCCCUCUCUGUGUACCCGGGGGCAGGGGGUGGGAGCGGGGGAGGCACUGGCAGCUCUGUGGCCUCCCUCCCCCCCACUGCAGCCCACUCGGGCUCCCACCUCUUCGGCUUCCCACCCACGCCACCCAAAGAAGUGUCUCCCGACCCCAGCACCACUGGGGCUGCCUCCCCAGCCUCCUCCUCCGCAGGGGGGGCUGCGGCCCGGGGGGAGGACAAGGACGGCGUCAAAUACCAGGUGUCACUGACGGAGAGCAUGAAGAUGGAAAGUGGCAGUCCCCUGCGCCCAGGCCUGGCUGCCAUGGGCACCCAGCCUGCCACACACCACCCAAUCCCGACCUACCCCUCCUAUGUGCCGGCCACCGCCCACGACUACAGCAGCGGGCUCUUCCACCCCGGAGGCUUCCUGGGUGGCCCGGCCUCCAGCUUCACCCCUAAGCAGCGGAGCAAGGCGCGCUCGUGCUCAGAAGGCCGGGAGUGUGUCAACUGCGGGGCCACGGCUACCCCUCUCUGGCGGCGGGACGGCACCGGGCACUACCUGUGCAACGCCUGCGGCCUCUACCACAAGAUGAACGGGCAGAACCGGCCCCUCAUCAAGCCCAAACGGAGACUGUCGGCCGCCAGGAGAGCGGGCACCUGUUGUGCAAAUUGUCAGACGACAACCACCACCUUAUGGCGCCGCAACGCCAACGGGGACCCUGUGUGCAACGCCUGUGGCCUCUACUACAAGCUGCACAAUGUGAACAGGCCGCUGACCAUGAAGAAGGAAGGCAUCCAGACUCGGAACCGGAAGAUGUCCAACAAGUCCAAGAAGAACAAGAAGGGGGCCGAGUGCUUCGAGGAGCUGUCCAAGUGCAUGCAGGAGAAGGCCUCCCCCUUCAGCGCAGCUGCCCUGGCCGGACACAUGGCGCCUGUGGGCCACCUCCCGCCCUUCAGCCACUCGGGACACAUCUUGCCCACGCCGACGCCCAUCCACCCCUCCUCCAGCCUGUCCUUCGGCCACCCCCACCCAUCCAGCAUGGUGACCGCCAUGGGCUAGGGACCGCCCCCCACGGACCGACAGACAGAUGCCGGGGAAGGCGCUCCCGGGACGGGGGGCAGGGACCAGACCCUCGGCUGCCCGUCCCUCCCCGGAGACUGACGCUGCCCUGCCAGCCCAGCUGGAGCCCCACGCUGCCUCACCUGUGGGCCCGUCGGCCGUCACUGUGAAGAUGCUCCCUGGGCUGGGGGGGGGCUGCCUCGGCCUCCCAGGUGGGGCCUCCAACACGGAUAACUGUUUGGCGAGCAGAAAGGACAACUUUACGAAGACUGGGGGCAAGGGACACACGCAGGAAACCGCGUCGUGGAAGGAGGAGGGAGUAGAGGCAAAAGUAAUUUAUUUGCUCUUGUUUCUCACGAGGACUGGGAGACUUGGGCGGUCUGAGCUGCCCCAAGUUCGCGGGGCUUCCUCGGCGCCAAGGGCCACUUGACCGUUCCCCGUGCCCGGCUCCGGGGGCAGGUCUUCGGGGACCUCGGCCUGCACCCUCUCCACUGGCUCCCUCUCUGAAAGCGCUGAACCCAGGCCGGGCGCAGAGGGCAGAGACAAUCACGGGCGGUCCCGCGCAGAUUCUCAGGCCGGGGCUGGGUCACAGGAAGGAAACGUUUUCUUGAGAGGGGAAGCGUCUCUCCGAUUGCUCCCCUGGCCUCUGAGGCUGAGGCUGGGGUGACCCGUGCGCCCUAGACGGGUCUGAGCUACAGCCACCUCCUCUGCUCGGCGGACCCCUGUACAUACAUCCUCCUUCUGCUAACCCCCAAACCCCCUCCUCUCCAACUCUGAGACAAAAGAAGAAAAUGUUUAAAAAAAAAAAACCUACAUAAGCUUAACUCGCCGAUGAGUUAGUUGUUUUAUUUUUAAACUCUUUUUGGGUCCAGUCAAUUGUACGUUGCCACGAAAGCCCUUGCUAUGGAAAGGAAUAAAACCUACAAACCAAGGCUGUAGCUUCGCAGUUAUUUUUGGAAAAGUUCUCAGAUCCCACGGCCCUAGGACGGGGAGCCAGGGGCCAGGGGUGGGGCCUCGGCUGCUCGUGGCUUCCAGGGGGCUGACCUGGCAGGUGGCGAAGGCAGGAGCUGGGGGUGGGUCAGAGCCAGGACCGAGCGAGAGGCCACGACCCUGCUGGGUCCUGGGAGGUGCCAGGGUUCUGCUCUGCCUUGCUGUGGCUGUCUGGAUCCUUCCCAAGGUACAGCUGUACAUAACUGUGUCCGAGCUUAGAUUCUGUAUGCGGCAGUGGCAGGGUGCGGUGGCCAGCAAGGACCCGGCCCAGGAAGAGGGUUGUGCUGAUAUAGUCCAAGUGCAAUAUGGGGGGCACCACAGCCAGAAGUAACUUAUUUUGUACUAGUAUCCGCAUAAGAAAAAGAAUCGGCAGUAUUUUCUGGUCUUAUGUUUUAUUUGGCCUGUUUUAUUUUGGAUUAGUGAACUAAGUUAUUGUUAAUUAUGUACAACAUUUAUAUAUUGUCUGUAAAAAUUGUAUGCUAUCUUCCUAUUCCUUCAAAGUGAAAACUGUUAAGAGUAAUAAAAUACUU